AUUUCGAAAAUCUUUGACAGGUGUAAAUAUAGUCAAGAUAUUAGAUAUGGAAAUGUCUGUGGCUUCAAUCUCGAUAACAUCGCAUUUUAUGGCAAAACAUUGAACCAUGAUCGUCCAUCUUUGUGCGAUGUUUUAAUAAAUAUUGGACAAUCCGUGGCAAAACAUACUAAAUGUGCUUUAAUUACCACUGAUGAUUUUGUGUUUUGACUGUGUUGUACCGCACACGUCUAACUUUAAUUAUUUUAAUACGAGAUAAAUUGAUUGCAUAAAGACAACAAAUCUGCUGAAUUAGGCCGAGUGAACGGAAGGAAAGAGGCGCUUUUAUGUCUGUAGGAAAAUCCACGAAAACCGAGCAAUGUAAGUGUUGUGUGCGUUGUUGUUAUUUCAAGUGUUUUUAAACUUUGGCAGUACGAUAUCAGCCAAUAUUUUAUGAAUGCAAAGUCCUGUUUUGGCAGGUGUUUUGGCUCACGCAAAAUGUAGCAGGAUUAAUAGGGUAUUUUGAACACGGUUAAUAAUGGGAAUUGUGAGGUAUUUUGUUGUAUGAAAACAUGCUUUUGAUAGUUGAUAGCCUGUGAGUAAUCAAGAUUUUGUUGGCAGCUCACUCCAUUGAAUAUUAGUUUUAGGCAGUGGAGUAGCCAGGGUUUAAACUGGUGGGGGGAUUUUAUGGCAUUUUGAGUUUUUGACUCUGAGUAAUGAAUGUAGACAGGUCCACCUGGGGGCAUGCUCCCCUGAGAAAAUUUUGAAUCUCUAGAUUCAUUAGAAUGCUAUUUCACAUAUUUUAGGACGAGGUUUGAAGAAAAUUUACAACCACACAAAAGGCAUUUUUAAGUCGCCUAAUGUUGUUAGAUUGAAAAGUAUUUAUGUAAAAUGUUGUGCUAGUGGUGCAUGCAAAUAUAACAGCAAACUAGCACAAUGUUCCAUUGCAUACAAUUCCAUUGCAGCACUCUAACCAACUGAGCUACAGAUUGAGGCCAGUUGUGCCAUUGGUCCAUUGACUUACAGUCGAUUUCUCACAUAACUUUUGCCAAAAUAUCCCGAACUUCGUUUCAAAGUUUGCAAGUUCAUUUCGCAGUUCCAAUGUUUGAAGUUUCCAAGUUCAUAAGUUCACAAUCUGGUUUGUAAACUAAGCAUUUGAUUGGCUUCUUUCAAUUCAUGGACCAAUCAGAGGUCUUGUUUACAAACCGGUUUGUGAAUUUCACUGUUGAACUUGUGAACUUCGAAACGAACUUUGCGAACUUCGGAACGAAGUUUGGAACAUUUUGGCAAAAGUUUUGUGAAAUCGACUGUAAUGUUGCAUUUUUCAUUUAUGUUCAUUUUUAGGUCUAGUUGCUGCCGCAGCGAGCGAGCCUGAAGCGAGCGAGCAAGGCAGCAGACCUAAUCUUUAUGUAUAUGUAUUAUAUAUAUGCAGAUGAAAUCUCGAACGUUUCGGCAUAUUUCGGCCUACCACAAUGCACUGCUUCCGGGCCGGCAGGCUAUUCUUGCCUAAUAAACAGGCAUAAGCCAAACAAGCAAUGUGAUCAUCUUUCAUCUUUGGUUUUCUUUUAUGGAAAGCUGCAUAGCUGGCGUAAGUGAUCAAACAGCAUUUUGUCGAUACGCAGUGGUUCGAGCGUUAUAUGCGGUGCUUUCGCUAUUAUACGCAGUGGUUCGAGCAUUAUAUGUGGUGCUUUCGCCAUUAUAUGCAGUGUGUUCGCCAUUAUACGCAGUGGUUCGAGGCUUCGAGUAUUAUACGUGGUGCUUUUGUCAUUAUACGGGGUGCUUUUAACAUAAUUUGCAUAUAAUCUUUCCAUGUAAAUAAUCACACGAUUGCUUAAAUUUGGUAUGUGGCUGUGCUUUUUGCCUCUGGUCUGCAAUGACAAUGACAUGCUUUUAAAAAGGUUUAUUUAUAAAAGGUGACACACUUUGUGAGUUCUAUAUUAUCAUAUAGUGUUGAUUUAUUAGUAAUAAAUAUGUGUAUAUAACAUAGGUAUAUAAAUUAAUAUAACGCAGCAAAUGCGCGCCAAGCAGUAUAAACGCAGCUGAAAUACAAUAUUAAAAUCUUGAAUGUGCCGUAUGAUUUAAUUAUGUUUUAGAAUUUAAAGCUUUUAAAAAUGCUUUGUCAUUUGUAUUUGUACUUGUACUUGUACUGCAUCACAAGGCUGUGCGUAAGUUAACGGGAGUGUACAAAAGCUGGACCCCCUCAUCUGGACCCCCUUCUGGACCCCCAUCUGGUCCCCUUCUGGACCCCCUUCUGGACCUCUCAGAAUAUAAAAUAAAUUCAAAAUAGGGAUUAAAAUAAAUACUUUGCAGAAAUAAUGAUUUUCAUAAAUAAUAGAUUUUAAUUUAUGGAAGUGGGCCUAGUUGUGAAGUAGUCUUGUGUAAUAGGUUAGACAGGUCACUACUUUAUAUUAGAUCAAAAGAAUAGUUUCGGCCAUGUUAGGGUCAGGCAUAUUUCAAGUUACGGAUAGUGCGCCAUAUUUAGCGUUUUUAUAUUGUUAUUAUCGUUGAUGCACUAUCUCCUUGCAAGAUGAAGUAACAACAAACUAUAACUUGGCAGGAAAAAAAUAAUAGCAUGUUGUGCUUCCUUAUUCUGUGACCUUGUUUAAAGGGUAUGGGCAAUUUUAUUCAUUUUAUUGCUUCAUCUGAAAGUGCAUGAAAAAAUAAGCCACUUGGCCGUUUAAUGCUCUAUUCUAUCUCAUCUGUAGUUCCGAAGUUAUAUGCAAAAAUGUGCAAAAUAUAAAUUGCUGAUUCAGCACAAAGUGUGACGUCAUUAGCUGGUAAGAUUGUUUAUUGAAUACUACACUGAAGCAUAGCUCAAUUAUUAUGGGCUCAAAUCAAAUGAAAUUUUGCAUGCAGAUAGUACAUGAUGAGACCCAUGGAAAAAUACUUCUAAUUUCGUUGUCAAGGCAACACAGUCGUCCCCAGGCCCCAUACACUGAUUUUGAAUAACUAGUUGCAUUUAUCUAUGUGUAUGUCAUUUUCGAAUUAUUAUUAAACAAGUAAACUUUUGGCAUGCAUAGAUAUGGUACACAUACUUCUGAUAUUAUUUUAUUUUUAUCAGUACCAUAAAUAAAGCUGUUUUAUAAAAUUUGCGCAAGGGACCUGGGAACGAUAUUGUUACCUUGGCAACAAAAUUAGAAGUGUUUUUCCAUGGGUCCCAUCAUGUACUAUCUGCAUGCAGAAUGUCAUUUGAUUUGAUCCCAUAAUAACUGAGCCAUUAUGCUUCAGUGUAGUAUUCAAUAAACAUUCUUACCAGCUAAUGACGUCACACUUUGUGCUGAAUCAGCAAUUUAUAUUUUGCACAUUUUUGCAUAUAACUUCGGAACUAGAUGAGAUAGAAUAGAGCAUUAAACGGCCAACCGGCUUAAUUUUUCAUGCUCUUUCAGAUGAAGCAAUAAAAUGAAUAAAAUUGCCCAUACCCUUUAAACAAGGUCACAGAAUAAGGAAGCACAACAUGCUAUUAUUUUUUUCCCGCCAAGUUAUAGUUUGUUGUUACUUCAUCUUGCAAGGAGAUAGUGCAUCAACGAUAAUAACAAUAUAAAAACGCUAAAUAUGGCGCACUAUCCGUAACUCGAAAUAUGCCUGACCCUAACAUGGCCGAAACUAUUCUUUUGAUCUAAUAUAAAGUAGUGACCUGUCUAACCUAUUACACAAGACUACUUCGCAACUAGGCCCACUUCCAUAAAUUAAAAUCUAUUAUUUAUGAAAAUCAUUAUUUCUGCAAAGUAUUUAUUUUAAUCCCUAUUUUGAAUUUAUUUUAUAUUCUGAGAGGUCCAGAAGGGGGUCCAGAAGGGGGUCCAGAUGAGGGGGUCCAGCUUUUGUACCCUCCCAGAUGCACACUCACAGUCAUGUUAAAUGUCACCUGCAUGUCAAUGACCCGACUCAUUGUCAUUGCCAUUUAACCCCUGGUCUAGAUCAUAUGAUUAUUGAAGCGGGGCUGUUUUGACCUAGCACCGUAUUUCUUAAUAUAGGCAAAAUGUCUAUACAAUUUUAUAUACUAGAUCGGGAUCAAAUAGAUAAGUUGAUAAUCUUGAUAAGUACACUCAUUCUUGUUAGCUAUCAUACCUGUUCAGCUGUUCCUCUUUCGAUACGAAACUUCGAGCGCCGAGUUAUCAUACGGCACAUUCAAGUGUAUAAAUUAUCGAUGAUUCCAAUUCAUUGCAAAUAUUUCUUACUUUUAUUCUUUAAAAUAUUAAAAAUUUGGGAACAAUAUUGCUAUACCAAGGCAGCAUUCACUUCCCUGUGGGUAAACUAUUACUAGUAUAAAUUUCCAAGUGCUCAAUAUUUCCAUCCACAAUACCCUUCAAUUAAAUAUAAGUACAGUACCAUACAGUAUAGUUAUAGCCUGUGUCACAGAUGUUCCUAGAUGCUUGUACGCAUUGCUGCACUAACUAUUUGAAAAUAAUGUCAAACACAUUUUUCUUUUUUUUUAAAUAUAGUUGGAGGUAGAGUCCAUGGCCUUCGUCAGAUUUAUAAACGUAUUGAGGAAGAGACUUACCCACUACCGUCUUCAUAUGAUGUGACAAAUUACCUAACAUAUUUUCACCAGAUACUGCUUGGGUAUGUAAAUGUUGCUCUAUUUAACCGUAGAUUAUCUAUUUAUAACAAGUAAAAUCAUCUGGAAUUAGACAGAGUAAAAUAAUAAAGUUUCAUGGAAAUGUCAAUUUCAUAAAACAUUAUAAUCUAAUUACACUUUUAAAAAACUACUAAGGCCAAAUAAAAAUAAUAGUUGGUUUUAGGUUUCCAACCUAUCAUAAACGUUUAAGCGUUUUAUCGACAUUUCCCAGUAGAGAUCAGCUUUUUGUAUUAAAUUUAGCAGAAUAUUAUAUAAAUAGUCAUGACCGAUUCAUUUGUCUACAAAUUGUUUUGUUUGCUUAUAAUUUAAUCAUUAUCUAGUCAUUUAAUUUUAAAGUUUGUUAGUUCACUGCAACCAGGUAUAUCUUAUUCAACCAUGUUUUGCUCGCUACUCUGGUUUAAAUAAAUGAUUACAAAGCCCAAUGAGCUGCUUGUAUUCCUCUGGCAAAUAGGCACCGUCAUCCCUAUUCGAAGCAUGAUUACUCAUAUUUAUAUGCCACGCUUCUGGGUAAAAUCUUUGACCAUAGCGAUUGUUUGUGGUAAUUACUUUAGAGUUUUCCCACGCAAUCUCGUGUUUGGUGUAACAUACAUGUUCUGCUGAAGCUGAUUUUCCCUUGUCUAAAGUUGAAACAGCCUUUUGAUGUUCUUUUAGCCGUGUACCAAUUAUCUAGUUAUGUUAUAAUUAUACAAAAUGAUGUAAAACUCGUUAUUUCAUUUAUUUUAUAAAAGGUCACUAGACUGGUUUAGUCUUCACUAUUUCUGGUGACCUGUGCCAUAAUAUCUAUAUAUUUAAAAAAGAAUCAUGUAUAUGUUAUUUUACUUGGUGGUGCGAAAAAUAAAUUGUUGUUGUUGGAAUCAUUGUUAAACACAAAGAACAGUUGAAUAAAAUAUAAAAAACGGGCAUUAUUCUGACGUGGCAGCUACGGCUGAAAAAAGACGAAAAUGCCUUAAUGCGUUUGUUUCUCGCGAAACACAUGUAGCUCACAGGUGAUCCUGUGAGGCACGUUUGAUCAUGCGUGACAGUUACUCAUAAACAAUGGCGGCGAAAGAAACGCUUGAACUUGAUGAAGAAAGUCCAGCAUCGCUGAUUGAGAUAAAAUAUUUUUUUAAAUAAAAUGUUUUUCCGAACUACCUACCCAUAUAAAACAUGGCUGUGAAACCUGAAACGAACUAUUAUUUUUAUUUGGCCUAAAUAUAUCAUGAACAAUAGUUAACCCAUUGAGUGGCAGCACUCUCUGCCUGAUAAAUAAUAAAGUAGGGCGCAUAUGGACGCAUUGCUACGUAAAGGGUUACAUGUAAAACCCAGUAAUGAACAAGAAUUUUUGUAUACUAAUUUAUCCUCAACAGUUACAUGCUUAAAAAUCAAAAGUUUGUUUCACUUUGCAGUUGCAUGGUUACAUCAUUUUGCAGUAUUAUUUGUCGUAUUUAUGUUGAACCUAAAGGCUAGCAACUUUUUGUCAAUUUACAUUCACACACAUUAAUAUACUACUGUACUGAAAAAAUUUCUGAAUUAAGAAUUUCUGUCAAGCAACUACAUACAAAAGAGUUUGGAUAUAUAUUCUAACUUUACAAAUAGUUUUCUUGGGGUAGAAAUGGGUUUAGAAAUACUUAAAUUUUUCAAUAUUCUGAAGAAAGUUAAUAUUUGAUUUAGAUUAGAUUUAGGUGUCAAUUUUUCCGAUUGUCACAUUUGUCAAGCAGUAUUAUUAUAAUUAUUUAUUAUUUGUUUCAAGCAAAUCUAAUAUUGUGUGACCUACCGGCUGGCAGACCGAUGCUAGGCCUUAGGUUCAAUAUAAAUAUGGCAAGUAAAAUAUAUUAUUCUUUGCAAUUCUGGAAUAAUAAAAUCCUCUUUACACAAUUCCUUAAUCCAUGUAGCCUUGUGAAGGAAGCAGCACCAGAAAUAGCAAAGGAUGGAAGUUCUUUUAAUCAUGAAGAAAUUGUUAUUUUGGACUACACAGGCUUGUUUACAACACUUGUUGAUUUACUUCAUGUGAUCCAGCAUGUUGGGGAGGGGCACGAAGGUUAGUCCAUACUCCAUAGUAAAUGUCUUACUACAUAAAUUAUUUAGGAGUUAUAUAGUAUAUGUGCAAUCCUCAAACCAUUAAUAUAAUUUACCACAUAAGGUGACCACUCCUACUUCUUAGAAUAGUGUUUAACAACCCCUUCUCCCCUCUUGGUAAGUAUUCCCUUGAAGAAAUAUCCACCAUUUCCCAAAAUGUAAUACUGUAUGUGUGACCAUCCCCCUGAAGAAAUACCCACCAUAUCCACUUUGAGAGUGGUUGCACUCCAUACACAAUUCCCCAUGCACAAAAUGGCAAUUGUUGCUUUGGGAGCAAUGUCUUCCUGGAGGCGCAGUAUUUUUCGGUAGAGCAUCGUUCACUGCCCCCUCAGCCACCUAGUUUCACAUCAAAGACACUUACUUAAAAUAAUUUUGAAAGCUUUGAAGUGAAAGCACCCUCACUAUGAAUUCUAAAUUUUGAUAUGAAGAGAAAACACUCCAAUAAAAGAUUUCUUGUUUUUCAAGUAUACGGAUCCGUGAGGCGUUUACACUACACAGCCUUUAACCCUCUUAGUAAUAUUGUGCGAAGUUUUGACCCUGUUUGGCGGUUAAAUUUAAUAACAAUAAAGUUGAAAACAUACACCAGAAUAAAUUUAUUUGGAUUCUGUACGGAAUACCGUAUACACCAGAGUUUUCUCCGGCCUCAAAUGUUUUUCGGAUAUGAACUACGAAGUCCCCACCAACGUUUCUGGAUUCAAAAUUUCCAGAUUCAAGGUUUUCGGGCACGGCACGGAACGGAGAAGAUUAACUAUCCGAUUUGUCGCUGCGUGUGUAAACGGCAACAUGAAUCCGGUACUAAAACGUUCCAAUUUCGUGAUGAAUCCGAAAACUUUCGCUCUAGUGUAACCAGGGUCUAAAUCCUGGCCAAAAUUCUUUCCUGUUUUAUAGAUUGUGGUCUCACAAUUCUUCAUAUUAUGGUAUCUCUGGUACCAUUUCUUCCUGAGAACUGGCUGAACGACCUUCCAAUCACCUUGACAACGAUGAUGACGUCAGUAAGCAGCAGUCUCCAUGGUUAUAUCAUGAAUAUUCUGUGUGGCUAUCUUCUACCAUUAUUACUCGGUAAGAAACAGUGUAAGGUUCAGCCUAUAUUGUGCAUACCUGUAUAUAACCGUGCCAUGAUUAAUGAAGAAGUACGAAUAGUGACAGAGAUUCAGAUUUGACUCCCAAUGCCGCUACCACUGCCUCUUACUGUCUUAGUACGCAUCUGAUUGGUUAAUCGGAUAUAUAAAACGCUUCUGGUUGGCUAAUGGUCUCUUAAUGGUAGCAGUAGGGCCAAAAAAAAUAUGUGGGUUUCCGGUUUCCCGACCUUACCUGCUUUUGGACGCCGAAACCCGACCCUAAACUUUUUUAUUGGAUCAUGCUUGUAAGUGUUUCCGGUGUAGCGGUCUGAGAUUGUCCUCGUGCUGAGAUUGUUCUAGUACUAUUGCGCUUGCUCCAAGUGUAGCAUGCAAUCUCAGCACGUGGUACGGAGGUCUGAAAUUGUAUCGUGCUGAGAUUGUCGUGCUGAAAAUGUAAGUCAUUGUUUUUGUAAGCUUUCUGAUAAUGCAAGUCAUUUUUGUUGUAAUUGAAUACCAAAUUUUGCAUUUUCUUGCUGUAAUACAAUUUAAUAGAGGAUAAUCACUGAUCACCCAUUUUCUCGGUGUUGGGCAAGUUUUUUGCUUGGGAACUUUUUGUGGUAAUUAAGCAUCUAUGGUUCUAUGAAUUGAACCACAGAAAAUUUAUUUCCCAGGUGGGUGCCACGAAAUUGCUUUUCUAGGCACUUUUUCGAACAACAGCCCACGGCCUAUUUGUGGUUUGAUGUGCCAAUGAUGCAAUCUCAGCACGCCGUGAAUACAGCGGACGCGACCGCAGGCGCAUACGGUCACUGCGCAUGAGCAGAACAACGAUUUACAAUCUCAGCACGGUGCAAUCUCAGACCGCUACACCGGUUAGAGGAAAACGUGUGUGAAAAAUGGAAAUUUGAGGCAAUAUUGGGGAAAUUUAUCUUUGAAUUUGGAAGCACUGACUAAACAAAAUGGCGUCCGGUUGUUAGGAAAGUAAAAAAAAAGUUAAAACCGACCUACCCUACCUAAGUUUUUACAAGAAGAAAUAGGAAACCCACAUUUUUUUUGGCCUAGUGGAAGUCAAAUGUGAACCUCUCUAUUAACGGCGUUCCAUGAGAAAGACUCCUUGUGUAUCCACGCACGUUAUCUGCAGUAUAAUGGUUACCGCUACAGUAUAAUGGUUACCGCUAUAUUUGUUAUUGUCGCAACAAGUAACGUUGUGCAAAAAAAUAUGUGGGUUUUCUACUUUCCUAUUUCUUCUUGUAAAAACUUAGGUAGAAACGUGUUUCAUAUUAUUCUGACACUGGAAUAGACCAAUGCAAAAUUCGUUGGCUCGAGCGGGAUUUGAACUCGCAUCUUCGGGUAUCUAGACCGCCGCUCUACCCAUUGACCUAUCGAGUCAACGGGGAUUGAUAGCGAGUCUUAUCCAAUUUAACUGCACGAAAUAUUUUCUUGAUGACUUAACGCUUGGCUUAGAGGACAUGCAGUGUUUCAAUUCUAUUUCAGAACUACUUUCAGAACUACUUUCAGAACUACUUUCAAAACCUGUUUCAUAUUAUUCUUAAUAAUUGGGGGGAUGGGGGAAAUUAUGUUGCUAACAUAUGACAACCUUUCGUAGUCUUUAAAAUUUUAUUCCUUAAAUUUAUAUAGCUUACUUUAUAGCUUACCAGUUGUGAUUUUAUGCAUGGUUGAAAAAUAACAGUUACAGUUAUUAAGCAGGGACGUAGCUAGACACGAUAAUUGGGGGGGGGGGGUAUAUUCAUGUUCACGUAGCGUAAAAGCAAUCAAUUUCAAAAUAAAUCUGUCGGGCAGAACACGAAUAUAUGAAUAUGCACCCCCCCCCCCCCAAUUAUCGGUCUAGCUACGGCUUUGUUAUUAAGCUAUCAUUCAAAGGCUUUCAGGUUGGGGGGGGGGGCAGGGGGUUGCCUGCCUGGAGCAUACAACCACGAAAGGCAUUUCGGAAGCAUAUUUUAAACCCUUUUGAAAACAUGUUAUGAAAGGCACUACCUGACAAUUGAACUGUACUGAAACAAAAACAUAGGAUUAACCUUAAAUUACUGUAUUAAAGAGCGACUGGAUCCUUUGGUUUUUGGGUAGCUGCAGCGUAUUACAGCGUAGUACCUUUAAUGGACUGCCAUGAGUAAAAAAUGUUGAUUUCAAGAAAUAUUACAACUUUAAUUUUAAAUUGUCGAAUCAAAAAAUGUCACUUGUACCACGUGACAAUUUGAUUUUUUACGGUAUUUCACUCAAAUUCAUGAUUUCGCAUAUAUGCAAUGCAUAUAUAAUAUAAUAACCCCACGGCAGAUCUACGUGGGAUGUUACAGUAUUUCACGCGUGACGCGUGAUAUGACGACAAUCGCUUUCAAAAGAAAUCCCCCGGGCAGAACACGAAUAUAUGAAUUUAUUAUAUAUAUAUAUAUAUAUAUAUAUGCGUUUUUAAUGGCACACUAUCACAAAAAAUUGAAUUACAAUGCGGUUCAAUAAUUACAUAACUAAGUUAUAAACUAAGAUACAAUAAAUGUAAUACUAUAUUUACAAUUUAAUAAUUUAGAUGUGAGGAAAGUAUAUAUUGUAAUAGUUGAGAUAUUCAAAAAAGUGUCAUGUUGACAUGUUUAAAACUCGAAUCAUACUUGGAAAAAAGCUUUUCUGAAAACGAUCAGUUCUACAUUUGAACAAUGACCAAUUGUUAGCGUUACGUAAAUCGUAGUUCACGUUUUCUCUAGUCUGAGGUAAGAGAGCGGUUACCAUCAGUUAUCUUUUUAAUCGUUCUUUCACACAAAGCAUCGCGUCUCACAUCUAGACGAGAACAAUGGAGCUGACUCAAAGCUUCACGGUAAGAUCUGCCAGGGAGGAUUAUCAUUGCUAUUUUCUGAACUCAUUGAAUUGAGUCCGCCAGAUAAGCUGGUAGAUUGUUAUGCCUUACAAUGCAGCAGUACUCUAGCACGGAGCGAAUGA